AUGAGCCAUAAGCGAAGAGGUCUGGUGAUAUACCAGGACCAAAAACAGCAGCAGCAGCCCUCGGGACAGUCUCUAAGUUCUAUAUCCUGGUCUCCGACACGGCGACACCAUCACCCUUUAAAACAGCAAAGUAGCAACAGUUUCACAGAGAUACUAUCGAAAUCGUCUGUGCAACAGGAUGUUCGACAGGAUAGUAGUCAUCUGCCCAUUUCAUCGUUGGUCCUGAAACAACAGCAGCAGCGCCGCAACAUGCCAUCGCAGAACUCUGGGCCUCCCCUGCGCAAGGUGGUUCAAGACUCGCAGUGGACAAGCUCCACAAUUCAUUGCCCCUCAAGGAAACAGGAAAAACAAUCACUAACGUUUUACAGAACAGAUUCAAAACUGGUGUCGCAACUGCACACCUCUGUAAAGGACCUGGACACCAUUGUCCAGACGCAUAAACCGCGGUUUGACACAAUUAUUCAUGACCUCUCUCAUACCGCUAUAUUAUCUUCGAAUGAGCUGCUCAUCAAACUCCCGAUGAACGACACAAUAAUAUUACAUAGCAGAAUACCGAAAAUCAAUGCAGAAUGGCUGCAUAACAAGACCAGCGACCCUAGCGCCUCGUUAGUGAUCGAUUCAAGAUCUUUCUUAAUCCUGUGUAACAAUAUAAAAUGGUACUUACACUGGAAAUUCAUAUGA